AUGAUCCGCUUUGGAGUUUCUGUCUACAGUGAUUGUAUCACCGUAUUUUCGGAGGAUGAUCCUACUCAUUUGCUAGUACUUACUGACAGUGGAUACGAACUUUCCGUAAAAAGUGUCAGUAAUAAUGAAGCUACUCCAAGUGUGAAUUUCUAUUGUGCUGGUAUUCUCGGUGCGUAUAAACUUUCUAGAGAAAUAUUCAUUGCAUUUAUUACGGACGUGAAGGUGAUUGGAGUUGGGAUAACGGGGAAACCAAUCUAUCAAGUCGAAAUGGUGGAGUUUGUGAAACUUCCCUCAUUAGAGCAAAAUUCGAUCAAUGAAAAGUAUAUUUCGAUGAUAGAUCAGGUACUCUACAAAAUCAAGAUUUAUUACUCGCAUCACGAAGAUCUAACGCGUCGAUUACAAGACACUCUCUGCAGACCUCUCUCCGAGGAGGAUCAUUACUUUCCAACAACUGCCGAUCAUCACUUCCUCUUCAAUUGCCCAAUCAUCCAACCUUUUUACCCCUUUCGAUCGAUUCUCCUACGUGACCUCAUUCCCACCACCAUCUUCGGCUUUGUCUCGAUCAUUCCCUCCAUCACCGUCGAACAAACCUCCUUUUCUCUGCUCCUCAUCUCGCGCCGCAGCAUCUACCGCAACGGUCGUCGCUACAACACACGCGGCGUGGACCUGUUCGGCCACGUCGCCAACUUCGUCGAGACCGAGCAGAUCGUACUGCAGAACAACGGCAUCAUUUCCUCCUUCGUCCAGGUCCCUCCUCUCCCCCCUCCUCACUCCCAGAUCCGCGGGAGCAUUCCUCUCGAGUGGAGCCAGACCCCCACGCUGAAAUACGCCCCGUCGAUCCGCGUUUUCGGGGAUCGCUCCUUCCUCAAUCUCCACUUCGACAAUCUUCUCGAUCGCUACGGCGCCGUCGUCGUCGUCAAUCUCCUCGACAAGAAAGGCGACCAGCUCAUGCUCGGACUCGAUCCGCUUUUCUAUCCAAAAAUAACCCCCAGCCAGACGAAACGCCCGCUGGAGUUCUUCUGGUUCGACUUCCACGCGGAAUGCAAGCAUUUCCGGUACGAUCGAUUGGCGAAGCUCUUCGACGGGACGCAGGAAUGCGUUCGCAAUGGAGGGUAUUUCCGCUUUGACUCGCGGACGAAGGAAGUCAUCGCGAUCCAGCACUCCGUGAUUCGAACCAAUUGCCUCGAUUGCCUGGAUCGUAGCGCCUGUUCGAUCGAAUUCCAUGCAGGGACCAACGUCGUGCAGACGCUCUACGCGCAGUGGAUGCUUUUCUACCAGCUUUUCGGACUCAAAUGCGACGCCAUUAUGAAGAACUGCGCGUCGGAAUCUGGGCGGGGGGCGAUGUGUAGGAAUCUAUCGAACCCUCAUGACAUUCAACACGUGUUUAACAAUCUGUGGAGCGAUAACGCUGACGAGUUGUCGCGAACGGGACAUCGCACGCUGCAGGGAAUCGUGAACGAUGCGGUGUACAGCGUGAUUCGGUAUUUGAACAACAAUUUCCGAGAUGGCUAUUUCGAAGACUGCAUUAACCUGACAUUCAAUCAUGUUCAGAUGGGCCCGAAUGCGGAUCGCCGCAUGAAAGGGAUGAUCAAAAACACGUUCAUGAUGUUUGUUGCUGUGGUUCUAACGUUCGAACUCACCAUUAUCUCCACUUUUGUGUAUCUUGCUAAACCAGUGUAG